AUGUCGGACUGGGAGGCGGAGAGCGGCGACGAGCAGAGCCCGAGGUCCCGGGUCGAGUGGCGGCCGCCAGCGCCGAGACCGGGUCCAGGGCGGCCUUCGACCCGGCCCUUGAGCCAGAGCCACGACGUGGGGGCCGGGGACCGGUGGGGGAUCCGCGGGGAGCGAGGCCGGGGGUGGCGGCGGGCGGGGCAGUCCGGGGCCCGGGGGCGAGGCUGGACCAGGGGCCCGGGGUCGUCCUCGUCCUCCCUCAGCUUCUACAUGGAGAGCGCCGCGGUGGGCACCGUGAUAGGUCGUGGAGGGUCUAAAAUACGUGAACUGGAAGAAGCGUCAGGAUCAAAAAUACAGAUACUAAAGGGUGAUGUUGAAGUUGAGGUGAAGCUUUUUGGCAGCCAUGAGGCCCAGCUGAAAGCUAAGGAACUGAUUCAGAAUCUAAUUGAGAGGAGAAGUACAGAUCGGUUAAAUGGAGCUGAAAGGAGUGACCAAGGCGUUGCAUCAAAGCUCGGCCGCAGGUCAGUCACCACCUCUGACACCUCUUCAUUCCAGUGCGGCAGCACAAACUCACCCCGUCCUAUGAUCAACUGGAACUCGUUGCGUGAGAACAGGGCGAAAUAUGAAGCUAUGAAGUGGGCUGGUCUUUCACCAAUUAAAAAAGACUUCUACAUUGAAGCUGAGUCGGUCAUCAAUAUGACACCAGCAGAAGUUUCCAGUUGGAGAAAGUUAAACAACAAUAUUAUGUGUGAAGAUAUGAGUGAAGGCACAAAGCGGCAAAUUCCUAAUCCAGUGUGCACGUUUAUGGAAGCUUUUCAGCAUUACCCUGAGAUUAUGGCAAAUAUUAGGAGAGUUGGGUUUCAGUGCCCAACACCAAUCCAGUCUCAAGCAUGGCCAAUAAUUCUGCUGGGGAUUGAUCUGAUUGGGAUAGCACAGACUGGAACUGGAAAAACUCUGGCAUAUCUCUUACCUGGGUUCAUCCACCUGGAUCUGCAGCCGGUGCAACGGGUCAAAAGUGAUGGCCCCGGAAUGUUAAUCCUCACACCAACCAGGGAGCUUGCUCUUCAGAUACAGGAAGAGUGCGACAAGUACAGUUACAAAGGGAUUAAGAGUAUUUGUAUUUAUGGAGGAGGAAGCCGUAAAGAUCAGAUUAACUUCAUUACGAAAGGAGUGGACAUUGUUAUUGCAACUCCCGGACGGUUGAAUGAUCUUCAGAUGAACAAUUACAUCAGUCUGAGGAGUACAACCUAUUUGGUGUUGGAUGAGGCAGAUCGAAUGCUGGAUAUGGGAUUUGAACCUCAGAUUAUGAAGAUUAUUUUGGACAUACGACCGGAUAGACAGACAAUAAUGACUAGUGCAACAUGGCCUGAUGGAGUUCGGAGAUUAUCCAAAUCAUAUCUGAAGAAUCCAAUGAUGGUUUGUGUAGGAACCCUGGAUUUGGCAGCAGUAGAGACAGUGGAGCAAAAUGUAUUGGUUAUCCCUGAAGAAGAGAAAAGAAGCUAUACACUUCACUUCAUUGAAUGCAUGAAACCUGAGGACAAAGUCAUCAUUUUUGUUGGAAGAAAGAUCAUAGUUGAUGACUUAUCGAGUGAUUUCAGCCUGCAAGGGAUCCCAGUCCAGUCUCUUCACAGUGAUCGGGAACAGUGUGACCGAGAACAGGCACUCAAAGAUUUCAAGGAAGGGAGAGUUCGGAUUCUUAUUGCCACAGAUCUUGCUUCACGUGGCCUCGAUGUGCACGAUAUCACACACGUGUUCAAUUUCGACUUCCCUCGCAACAUAGAAGAGUACGUGCACAGGAUCGGGCGGACUGGUAGAGCAGGUCGUAAGGGGCAAGCUAUAACUCUCGUUACAAGGAGCGACUGGAGAUUUGCUGCCGAGUUGGUUGUAAUUCUGGAACGAGCGAGUCAGCCAGUUCCUGAAGAGUUGCUGAUGAUGGCCAAAAGGUAUGAACAGAACAAAAUGAAGAAGGAGUACGAACAGCAGCUGGCAGCCCCCUAUAAUGAGGGGCGCAGAGACCAGGGGCGAGGCAGGAGAGGCUGGAACAAAAGAAACUGAAGUGAUGAGCCCAUAAUCUAUUAUAAUGGAAAAAUAAAACCUGAAUUCUACAGUGCCUGGAAAAUGCAAGUUCCUGCCCAGACCCUUACCCAAAGUACUGAACACUGCACACUAA